CUAACAGGACGAGUACGGAGUGUGCGUACCUAGCCGGUAAAACAGUGGAUGUGUUGCUGCAUAUGUUUUCAUUUACAUAAUACGCAGGAUUGUUGGAUGUUUGUGCAACUUGUAUUUUUAUGCUCUUUACUUUCACAUUAACGCUAUUUCAUCGAAUCAGCUGAAAGCGACUGCAUUGAAUAAACGGACAAACAGCAAUCAUGACGUCUCUGGGGAGCAGCAGUUCCACAGCCACUGAAUACACUGUCCGAGUGCCCAAAAACACUAGCAAGAAGUACAACAUCAUGGCUUUCAAUGCAGGAGACAAAGUCAACUGUUCAACUUGGACACAGGCACGUAUGGAAAGAGACAUGAGCGCUCGGCGGAUAUAUGGGGAGGAAGAGACAGCAGAAGGUGCGGCUGGCAGCGAGUUUGGCAAAAAGCAGCGGGAGGAAGCACGGCGCAAGAAGUUUGGUAUUGUGACACGAGAGUUCAAAGUGGAGGACCAGCCCUGGAUUCUCAAAGUUAAUGGAAAAGCUGGCAAGAGGUUCAAGGGAAUAAAGAAGGGUGGUGUUACAGAAAAUGCAUCAUACUACAUCUUUACACAGUGUCCUGAUGGAGCUUUUGAGGCCUUCCCUGUCCAUGGCUGGUAUAAUUUCACACCCCUGGCUAAGCACAGAACUCUCACUGCAGAGGAGGCCGAGGAGGAGUGGGGCAGGAGGAACAAGGUGGUUAAUCACUUCAGCAUCAUGCUUCAGAGGCGUCUGCGGGAGCAGGAACGUGGCGAAGAAGAUGAAGACGAGGGUGAGAAAUCUGGCAAGAAGAAAAAGAAAGGUGGGAAAGGGGGCGACCUUCGUAUUCAUGACCAGGACGAGGAUUUGGAGAUGAGCAGCGAUGACAGCAAUAGCAGUGGGGGUGAAGAUGGCGAGAGCAAGACAAAGACAAAGAAAGACAUGGGAAAAGGAAAAGGGAAGAAGAAGAAGAAGAGUAGGAGCAGUGAGAACGAGGCAUUGGAGGACAGUGACGAUGGAGACUACGAAGGUCAAGAAGUGGAUUACAUGUCAGAUGAAAGCAGCUCAGAAGAAGAGCAUGAGAAGGGAAAGCCCAGCAAAGAAGAGCAUCCCAAAGGAAUUGACGAAGCAUCUGAAAGCGAAGAAGAAAGCGAGGAGGAGAAGCAGAACGAAGAGGAAGCAAAAGAGGAGGAAGAAGAGGAAGACGGAAAGAAAACCCCGGUUCAAAUGGAAAAGAAGAAGAAAAAAGACAGCAGCGGAGAAUCCGAAAGCUCAGACGACAGCGACAUCGAGGGGGAAACGGCCUCUGCUUUGUUCAUGGUGAAGAAGCGCACACCUCCUAAACGUCCAGGUGGUCGGGGUUCUGCAGGCAGCUCCAGGACUGGGAGUCGUCCUGGGACACCGUCCAUAGACCCAGCCUCCACCUCCAAUACACUUCGCGCUGCUGCUAGCAAGCUUGAGCAAGGUAAGAGACAGAAUCCGGUUGGUGGCACUGAUUCACCAGCUGCCAAACGGCUGAAAAUGGAGCCCAACAGUCAGAGUCCUGCUCCAUCUGGAAAGAGCACGCCUCAACCACCAUCAGGAAAAUCCACACCAAGCUCAAGUGAUGUGCAGCUAACAGAAGAAGCAGUCCGGCGCUACCUAAUCCGUAAACCGAUGACCACCAAGGACCUGCUGAAGAAGUUCCAGACAAAGCGCACAGGUUUGAGCAAUGAGCAGACGGUGAAUGUACUGGCUCAGAUCCUGAAGCGCCUCAACCCAGAGCGCAAAAACGUAAACGACAAAAUGCACUUCUACCUUACAGAGUAACCGAGGAAGGAGAAGCAAAAGACUGAGACAAUGACCCUUCUGAGGUGGCAAGUGUUGUAUUUUUAGAAAAAAAAUCUUACAUAGAAUCAAGCACUGAAACUCUCAUGAAAGAUGAUAUUUUCCAGAAAUAUCUGUAUUAAAAACAGACAGCUAGUUCUAUUGAGUGAAGAGAUCAGUCCCAGUACGGCUUUUCUCCUCCAGCAAAAAAUGGUAACUUGAAGGGUGAAAAAAUUGCGUACUUGUUUUUCUUUGGUAGAAUCUUUUCUAAUAAAACCUUAAAAUCUGUUACUGUGUUUA